AUGGCCGAGUCUGUGUACCUUCAAGGAACGGUGGGUGAGGCCCUUGCCGAGGCGCUCACCGAGGUGGCAGUCAAGCAGCCGAACGACCCCAUCGAGUACCUUGCCCACUGGCUCAUCAAGCACACAGACAACCUCAAGGCCCGCGAAAAGAGCUACCAAGAGCGGGCACUGCUCGAGCGCGAGCGGCUGGAGAAGGAGCACGAGGAGGAGCAGGCCCGGAUGAUGCGGGAAGAGGAGGUGCGCGUGCUGAAGCGCCAGGCCAUGGAGCGGGCAAAGCGCCUGGAGGAGGCCCGCAAGACCCUGCAUGUCCAGCGCCUGGACCUGUACCAGGAGAAGAAGGCCGAGCUGGAGGAGGACUUGACCACCCGGACGCGCAAGGUCUUUGUCGCCGGCCAGGACUCGAUGGAGGACGACCACCUUGAGGAGCUCCCGCUGACAACCAUCGAGAAGGACGUCGCUCUCCUCGACUUUGUCGCAAACGCACUCAAGGCCAUCGCGGGCAUCUCGGACUACGUCCCGCCCAAGGACGAGUCCGCCGACGCCGCUGCAGACGGCCAGUUCCCGCUCGCCGCUGCCGCCUCGGACGAUGAUGACGCCGAUGACGAUGACGACGCCGGCGACGCCGAUGCUGACGCCGAUGCUGAUGCCGAUGCCGAUGCCACGCCGCAGGAUGAUGAUGCCGACGCGCCGCCCACAGGCGAUCACACUGGCGAGUCCGACUACGACGACGACGAGCCGCGCGCAGAGACCGAGGCCUCGUCCGUCGGCCCGCCGCCGUUUGAGGACCGGCUUCCCAACGUGCUCUCGGACGAGGGCAAGACCGGGCUCGAGCUCCUCCGCCACCAGGUUCUCACCGAGUGGACGCCCGAGACCAACCCGACGCUCUUCAAGGUCAUCCGCGGCGUCAUGUUCAUGCUUGGCUUCUCCAAGGCCUCCACCGAGGACAACGACAAGAUCGCCGAGCUCCUCAACCGCGAGAGCCCCUCGGUCGUCGACCUCAUGCUCCGCGUCAAGUUUGCCGAUCUGCCCAAGCCAUCCAAGUUCAAGCGCGUCGCCCGCGCCACCCGCGGCCUCGACGUCCGCAACCUCGUCUCCACCUCGCCACUCGGCUCGUACCCGGCCUACGUCAUGCUCGAGUGGCUCCGUGCGGGCGUCACCCUCCGAAACGACGUCGUCAACGAGCGCCUCGACGCAGGCGAUCCGCUCGAUGCCGUCGAGGACCAGGCCUUCCGCGUUGGCGAGGCCGGCGAGCCCGACGACGAGCCCGAAGCAUCCGACUACGACUCGGACUCGGACUGGCUCACUCUCUUUGACGACCAUGAGGGCAACGAGUCCGGCACUUCGUACGAUGACGGCGCUGGCGGCGACGCCUCGGAGCGCUACUCGGUCUCGGGCUCGUACUACGGCGAGUCGGACUACGAGUACUGAGCGCGUAAACGCUCCCUCCCCUUUUCC